CGAGCCCACGGGCUCUACCCACGUACCAAGAUGGCGGCAGAAGCGGCUGGUGGGAAAUACAGAAGCACAGUCAGCAAAAGCAAAGACCCCUCGGGGCUGCUCAUCUCUGUGAUCAGGACUCUGUCUACCAGUGAUGAUGUUGAAGAUCGAGAAAAUGAGAAGGGGCGCCUUGAAGAAGCUUAUGAGAAAUGUGACCGUGACCUGGACGAACUGAUUGUGCAGCACUAUACAGAAUUGACGACAGCCAUUCGCACGUACCAGAGCAUCACAGAGCGCAUCACUAACUCCCGAAAUAAAAUAAAGCAGGUUAAAGAGAAUCUGCUUUCAUGCAAGAUGCUGUUGCACUGCAAGCGGGAUGAGCUUCGGAAACUGUGGAUUGAAGGAAUUGAACAUAAGCAUGUUCUGAACCUGCUGGAUGAAAUUGAGAAUAUCAAGCAAGUGCCUCAAAAGCUGGAGCAGUGCAUGGCCAGCAAGCACUAUCUCAGUGCCACUGACAUGCUGGUGUCAGCAGUCGAGUCUUUGGAGGGCCCCCUACUCCAGGUGGAAGGACUGAGUGACCUUAGGUUGGAGCUUCACAGCAAGAAGAUGAACCUCCACUUGGUUCUCAUAGAUGAACUGCACCGGCACCUGUAUAUCAAAUCCACCAGCCGAGUUGUGCAGUGUAACAAGGAAAAAGGGAAAAUGAGCUCCCUUGUGAAAGAUGCUUCUCCUGUUCCUCUGAUUGAUGUUACAAACCUUCCUACUCCUCGAAAAUUCCUUGAUACCUCUCAGUAUUCUAUUACUGGAAGCUCAAGUGCAAGGGAGAUAAACCUGCAGGACAUCAAGGAGGAUUUGGAAUUAGAUCCAGAGGAGAACAGCACCCUUUUUAUGGGUAUCCUUAUCAAGGGGCUGUCCAAACUGAAGAAGAUCCCAGAGACAGUGAAAGCUAUCAAAGAGCGCUUGGAGCAGGAACUAAAGCAAAUUGUGAAGAGGUCUACAACCCAGGUGGCAGACAGUGGCUAUCAGAGGGGAGAGACCCUAACUGUGGAGAACCAACCAAGGUUACUUCUAGAACUGCUGGAGUUACUAUUUGACAAGUUUAAUGCUGUAGCUACUGCACACUCUAUGGUCCUGGGAUACCUGCAGGACACUGUCGUGGCCCCACUAACUCAGCAGGAAGAUGUCAAAUUGUACGAUAUGGCAGAUGUGUGGGUGAAGAUCCAAGAUGUUCUGCAGUCAUCAGAACUUCUAUUAUGUAAUUCUUUGGAGUAAAUGCUAGUUAAUCAGAGCAU